AUGUUUAACCGGGACAGACUACCUGGCCUUCCGGGCAGCUCACCGCGUCCUCCACAGCGCAACGACGGCUACGGGCGACCACCGCAACAACAACAGCCUCCGCCACAGAGGUCACCGGGAUACGACUCAAUGAUGGGCGGAUACGAUCAGCCGCCACCUCCAGGUUACCCUGCCCAAGGCGGCCAACAGCGCAUGCCGGUGCGCGAGCCCCAACAGUCUGGACGAGCGCUCCAACUGCGUCCCAUCAAAAGCCCUGGGGGCAACGCUUAUGCUUUUGGCAAUUUGGUAGCCGUGUCCCCGCAGGACUUCCCACCCUCGCGCGAUGGGUCUGACAUCUACAUCAAAGUGAACCGCGACUACGUUCUCUCGGCGAGACCUACUGAAGGCUGCCGCCCCGGCGAGAUUGGCCUAACGGAUGCACAACGUACGUGGGCUGGCAUCUCGCUUGGUCCUCAGGAUGUUGUUACGGUCGAACACUACGAUGCUUUUAGCCAGGGCGGGCAGUCAUACCUUGGGAAUCUAGAGGUCGAGGUUGGCUUUGCUACAAGGAAGACCACAGAGGCACAAUAUGACCAGGAGGAGCUUGGAGCUAUCCUCAAGAAGAACUUCGAGAACCAAGUUCUUGCGCCCGGACAGCAAUUACUUAUGGAUGUCAAGAGUAUCGUUCUACGAAUGUCUAUACGGACCGUCCAACUCGUCGAUCUCUCAAUGGAAAAGGCAGAAUCUGCAUCCGGAGCUACUUUGACAGACCCUGGUGCUCGCGGAAUUCUGACGCGUCACACUCAAGUGGAUUUCUUCAAAGAUGCACGCACCGACAUCAAAAUCAAGGCCUCCAGCCGGCGUCCUGCUGCCAAUUCCAUCAUUCAGCCAGGGUUCAAGUUCGAGGACAUGGGUAUCGGUGGAUUGGACAACGAGUUCAGCGCUAUCUUCCGGAGAGCUUUCGCUUCGCGUAUCUUCCCCCCUGGUCUUGUUGAGAGGCUCGGUAUACAGCACGUCCGUGGUAUUCUUCUCUACGGUCCUCCAGGAACUGGUAAAACACUCAUAGCUCGGCAAAUUGGUAAGAUGUUGAACGCUAGGGAGCCAAAAGUCAUCAACGGUCCUGAAGUGCUCAACAAAUACGUCGGUCAAUCUGAAGAGAAUAUCCGGAAGAUGUUCGCCGACGCCGAGAAAGAGUAUAAAGAAAAGGGUGAUGAAAGUGGCCUGCAUAUCAUCAUCUUCGACGAGCUAGAUGCCGUCUGCAAGCAGAGAGGUUCUGGCACCGGUGGCACUGGCGUUGGUGACAGCGUUGUGAACCAGCUGCUUUCGAAGCUCGAUGGUGUUGAUCAGCUGAACAAUAUCUUGCUCAUCGGUAUGACCAACCGAAUGGACAUGAUCGACGAAGCUCUUCUUCGUCCUGGCCGUCUCGAAGUUCAUAUGGAGAUUUCGCUCCCAGAUGAAGCUGGUCGUGCACAGAUCCUCAAGAUACAUACUACCAAGAUGCGCAACAACAAUGUAAUCGAGAGUGACGUCAACGUUGAGGAAUUGGCGAAACUCACGAAGAACUUUUCGGGUGCGGAAAUCAACGGUCUGGUAAAGGCAGCCUCGUCAUAUGCGUUCAGUCGACACAUUAAGGUCGGCACAAUGGCGUCCAUUAACCCGGACGUGGAAAAUAUGAAGGUCAAUCGCGAAGACUUCCUACACGGUCUCGAAGAAGUGAAGCCUUUGUUUGGUGCUGCAGAGGAGGAGCUUGGGCAGCGGGUUCGCGGCGGAAUCAUCCACUUCUCCCCAUUCAUCAAUGAGAUACUGGACGAGGCUCGGCUUUUCAUCAACCAAGUCAGGAAAGGAUCGACUCCUGUACUCUCCGUUGCCCUGCAUGGGCCUCCCGGGAGUGGUAAAACGGCCCUUGCGGCGAAAAUGGCCAUGGACUCCGAGUUCCCGUUCAUCAAGCUUGUGUCACCAGAAGACAUGGUUGGGUUUAGCGAGAUGCAGAAGGUACAGCAGCUUGACAAGACGUUUCGAGAUGCAUACAAGAGUGCCCUGAGCAUCAUCGUGAUUGACAACAUUGAGCUGCUCGUUGAUUGGGUGCCUAUUGGACCUCGAUUUAGUAACAGUGUGUUGGUUGCGCUCAAGGUCCUGCUCGCGAAACAACCACCAAAGGACCGCCGCCUGUUGAUCUUCGCGACGACCACGGAACGUUCAGUGCUCACUCAGCUGGAUUUAUUCAGCCGUUUCGAUGCAGACAUUGCGGUACCCAACGUCAACUCGCAACCCGAGCUUGCGCAGGUGUUGCAACAGUCAGGCGCCUUUUCGGAACGUGACCAACAACGAGCCAUUGGCGAGAUCCAAGAGAUUACGGGUAGCACCGACGUGGGCGUGGGCAUCAAAAAGGUGUUGACGGCCAUUGAGACGGCGAAGGAAGACCAGGACGUUCCUGGCCGCUUCGCCAGGGUCAUGUCGAGUGCGAUCUCAGCCAACAGGAGCUCGUUCACCUGA